UCGAUAAAACUAUAGGAUUCUUCUAGUCGACAAUCAAGAUUCCACACCUACACAACUUGUCAGCAACUCAGCCCUGUGACAUGCAGCAUCUCGCCGGGCCGUAUGCCAGGCACACGAUCCCGCCAAGGAUGUGAGGAGUGCAGGAGGCGGAGGAGAAAGUGUGAUGAGCAGAAGCCCUGUUGCGGCCAGUGUUUGGCGUUCAAUAGGACGUGUACAUACGCUCUAAGACUUGUAUGGAGCGGUGCCAGCAAUCGCAGUGACCGCAGGAACUCGACCGCUUGCCAGCUUCGACUCGGACUUGGUGCAGGCCCCGCGGGUCGUAAUAUAGAUGGAGAAGAAGGGACCUUGGUGCAGCAGAACAGGAAUCCCAGAACUCCGCCGGUUUUGCCCACAGGGGCCGUGCCACUAUCCGUCUCCCUUCCGCGUCGUCUACCAAACGGCAUCCCGCUCUCGCCAACAUAUCAGAGCCUUCUAAGCUAUUUCACAGGAGACAUCCUCGCUUCCCUGUCCUGCCAUCCCUCAAUACACCAAGACCUACGCCAAGGCCUGGUGCCCGUCACCCUCGAAUCGCCUCAGCUCAUGUCGGCCUGCCUCGCACUAUCAGCAGCGGGCUUCCUGUCUCGUGGAGUCCUCUCGCUAAACGGCAUUGAGAUAUCCAGGAUCCUUGGCCACCUGCAGUCGUCAGGGCUAUCACUCUUGCGAAGCGCCUUGGGGACAGGCCAAAUGGACGAGACCCUGUUGGCAACAUGUCUGAUCUGGUGUCUUAGCGAUGUCUUCACCUACCGCCAAGGCACAUCUUCCUGGCGUAUCCAUUUACAAGGAAUCCGGGCUCUUCUGGACGGUGACGGGAGGACCCGUCGCGAUUUCACCAACCCAUCCGGUGCCCUCCAGUCCGCCAUGAAGCAUCUAUACCAGCUCUAUCUCUCGUUACAAACCCUGCCGUACAUCCCCCCUUCAGAGAACUCCGAGCCACGAGCACCGCUACACGCUCCUCCUGCCACAGACCCGCUGAAAGCCAAUCUCAAACCUGCUCCCAGCCCCGCGAUUGACGGCUUCUUAGGCUACAGCGACGAGCUGUUAGACGUGAUCCACCAAAUCGACCAUCUCUCCCGACUCGCCUCGGUCGAUCCCUUAGCGUCAUCCUUCGAAGCAGGCAUUCUCCUCGGCAAGGUCCAGGCCAUGAUCAGCCGCGAUUCCAAAGCGCCGCCGGCCGUCAUAUCCAUCUGCUCCCCUCUAUCGCCCGAGUACGGCCGCGAGUUCACGCUCUGCCACCAAAUCUUCCAGCAGGCGACCCUGAUCCACCUCUACAGGCGACUGUACCACCUUCCGUCCGGGUCAGAGCCGAUACAGUCUGCUGUUCGUGCCAUGAAGGAAAUGGUCAGUAACAUGAGCACUACCCAGGGGCAGCCAUGCCAUACCUGGGUCGCUAUGGCGAUGCCGCUGUUUACGCUUGGCUGUGAGGCUUUUACUGAGGAGCAAAAGAGCUUUGUGCUUGAUAAGGUUGAGAAAUUGGGCGAGUGUAUUCGCUCGUUGCAUAUCAGUAUCAUUCGCCAGGCGCUGCAGGAUAUAUGGGAUGUAAGGGCGAGUUUGGGUGAUUUUAGGGGGGAGCUGUGCGCAAGCCAACUGCUAGAGAAGCUGGAUUACAACAUUAUCCUGUUUUGAUGUCCGGCUGACGGGGCUUGUCUACUUAGCAAGCCCACGCUUCCAUCCUUCGUGAUACAUAUCGACCCGACUCUUGAUCCGAAGAUACGAACCCAGUUACUUAGUUUACUAUAUUCAUAGGCUAUUAAAA